CAGAAGGAAGUUUAUCAUCUGCCCUCGAGAACACUACCGGUCCAGCCAUGAUGAGCCUUCUGGUGCUCCUGCUGGCGGCGGCGGCGGCGGCGACAAACAUAACUUGUCCUAACGCCAAUGCCAUCGUUCCGUGUAUCUGCACUAAAGAGUUCACAAACACGAGCACCCGCCUCAACCUGGACUGCUCUCCUGUCACCAGCGACAGUUCGCUGCAGUCCGUGUUUCAGCAGAGUUUUCCUUGCCUCGAUUUUUGGAGCUUGACCAUCAACCCGAAAACUCCCCAUUCUAAUCUCACCGCACUCAACGCCUACGUGUUCGGGGAGGUGACCUUCGUGCAUGUUUUUAUCGACAACACGUACAUCAGCACGGUUCACGAGGAGGCUUUCUAUGCCUCCCACACCACUCUCACCAACCUCACUCUCACCAACAACAACAUCACUGAGUUCCCAUUUGAGGCGAUGCCUUCGUUCCUUCACCUGCGCAACCUGAGUCUGUCCAACAACAAACUCCUCUCACUGCCCAACCUGGAGUCCGAUUCGCUGGAGGUGCUUGACCUUUCCUUUAACACGGCCUUGACCUUUAGCGAAGACACGCUGAAGGGUACGCCACAGCUGAGUGAUAUUUAUUUCCACGACAUGAACCUCCCCUACUUCCCCCCCAACGUGUUCAGCAGUCUCAACAGGCUGAAACUCAUCGACCUCUCACAUAACAGCCUGAAGGGGAACCUGGUACAGGGCAUUCUCCGCGUGCCGCUCGACUCCGUGGAGGAAGUAAGGCUCAACAACAAUUACAUCAGUGGCAUUACAUCCACCGCCAUCACAGGCGUGCACAGGACGGCCACAAUUGACUUCAGUAACAACGAGAUUGUAGCACUGGAGUGGAAAGACUGGUAUCCCUUGCUAGACCAGCUCACUGGCGUGGAGGUGGUCGAUCUCACAAACAACAAGCUGCAGUGUUCCUGUGACCUGGUUUGGCUGCUACUAGACAAAGACGAGCUGAAUAAGAUCAACAGUAAAACCAAGUGCAUGAAUGGGACCCUUAUAAGGGACUUAAAUGUCGACAGCCUACUCAUCGUAUGCUAACGCGGCGGCGACGAGGGCGGUGGAGGCGAAGGCUGUGGUAGUUUGAAGAUGUAUCCCUACCUUCGAUCGCUAUACACAACACGAAACUCUUCUCAAAAGCUAUGCAGUACAAUAUGACAUGUAAACACGUUACGUUUCUCCUCUGAAUGAAUUAAGUUGUAUCUUCCAUUUGUAAAGAUAUAUAUAUAUAUAUAUAUAUAUAUAUAUAUAUAUAUAUAUAUAUAUAUAUAUAUAUAUAUAUAUAUAUAUAUAUAUAUAUAUAUAUAUAUAUAUAUAUAUAUAUAUAUAUAUAUAAAAGGGAUAUAAAAGAGCGAAAUAAAAGGCUCACUGAGGUGCCAGUCACAAAAGAAAGGUCAAAACUUUUGCUUUUGCCUUAGACAUAUCAAAAGCUUUUGAUAUGGCACAAAGCUUUGAUUUCCAAACUACCCUCCUACGGCUUCCACCCUUCUCAUCUCAAGUUUCCUUUCUGACCGUUCUAUUCGCUGCUGUGGUAGACGGUCACUGUUCUUCUAAAUCUAUUAACAGUAGUGUUCCUCAGGGUUCUGUCCUAUCACCCACACUCUUCCUAUUAUUCCUAUUAUUCAUCAAUGAUUUUCUUGUCCUAUCAACUCCUACACUGAUGACACCGCCCUGCACUUUUCCACGUCUUUUCAUAGACAUCCAUCCCUUCAGGAAGUAAACAGUUCACACAGGGAACCCACAGAACGCCUGACUUCUGAUCUCUUUAAAAUUUCUGAUUGGGGCAGAACAAACUUGGUAUUGUUCAAUGCAUCAAUAACUUAAUUCCUCCAUCUUUCAACUCGACACAACCCUCCAAAUAACUAUCCCCUCUUCUUCAAUGACGCUCAACUAUCCCCCUCUUCUGCACUGAACAUCAUCGGUCUGUCCUUUUCUUAUAAUCUAAACUGGAAACUUCACAUCUCAUCUCUAGCUAAAACAGUUUCUAUGAAGUUAGGUGUUCUGAGACGUCUCCGCCAAUUUUUCUCACCCUACCAGCAACUAACUCUGUACAAGGGCCUUAUCCGUCCAUGUAUGGAAUAUGCUUCACAUGUCUGGGGGAGGUUCCACUCAUGCAGCUCUGUUAGACAGGGCGGAAUCAAAAGCUUUCCGUCUCAUCAACUCCUCUCUUCUAAAUGACUGUCUUCAGCAUCUUUCUCACCGCCGGAACGUUGUAUCUCUUGCUAUCUUCUACCGUUCUUUUCAUGCUAACUGCUCUUCUGAUCUUGCUAACUGCAUGCCUUCCCUCUUCCCGCGUCCUCGCUGCACAAGACUUUCUUCUUUCUCUCACCCCCUAUUCUGUCCACCUCUCUAAUGCAAGAGUUAACCAUUAUUCUCUCAUUCAUCCCCUUCUCUGGUAAACUAUGGAACUCCCUGCCUGCUUCUGUAUUUUCACCUUCCUAUGACUUGAAUUCUUUCAAGAGGGAGGUUUCAAGACACUUAUCCUUCAAUUUUUGACUACCGCUUCGGACCCUAUUCGGGGGCCGGCAUCUCAGUGAUUUUUUUUUAAUUAGAUUUUUGUUGCCCUUGGCCGGUGUCGCUCCUACAUGGAAAAAAAAAAAGACGAUAAGUGUCUUAAAAUUUCUUUGAAAGAGUUCAGGUCAUACGAAGGAAGAAAUACAAAAAACAGGCAGACUUCAAGAGUUUACUAGAAAAGAGAUGAAUGACUGAGAAUACUGGUUAACUCUUGCCUUGAGUGUGGACCUUUCGUCGUCACCUUUGUCAUCACGAGUGUACAGGAAGGAAUGGCACAUACCAGCCUGUCACCAGUAGUCUGUCAUUGCCAAGACGAGAAAAUGUACACUGAGGUGAUAAUAUCUUCCUGCGGCGCUAUAUCUACUUGCCACUGAAGGUGAAAGUGUGAAAGUGUAGACAGUACUUUGAGUGUGAGCUUUGAUUGUUAACUAAAUAAACUACAUAUACUUAU